GUGAAAAUUUUCGCGCACCGCCAAUUGGUUUAUAUUUAAUGAUUCCGACGGAAUACUGACGAACCCGUGUCCGUCGGAAUCAUCAAAUAUAAUUACCCUUCUUCUUCCUUCUUCGUUAUUUCCGCCUCUCUCUCUAUCCUCUCCGCCGUUUCUCUCUCUUUCAAGGCGAUUCCGGCGGUUUUCGAGCUCCCAUCCCCGGCGAUUCCUCUACCCACGCUCAUAUCUCUUCCCCCAAACCCGAAAUCAUGUCCGAGGAAUCACCCCGCCCCGCAGCCCGUCGACGUAGUUCGGUGAGCUCUUCCCGUGCAUCGGGAUCGUCUCACGAACAAAACUCGUUUCCCGCAUAUAUUCCCGCUCCACCUCCCGCUCCUGCUCAACAGAAUCCGGGGGUCAUGCCAGUUGAACUAUUGGUUCAACAACCGGGUCGAGAGCAUCUCCCGGUUCUCCAUCCCACCCCACGACGAGGACAUAGCACUUGGUUCACCAAGUCGAGUAAUGGCAUUAGCAGGAGCAUCAACCAGAUGAUGUAUUCCAUGCUCCAAAUUGGAUAUACGAAGUGGAGUGAGAUCCCUCAAGACGACCAAGAGUUGUGGUUUCGUCAAUUUGCGCAAGAGUUCAACUGGCACCCCGAUCACACGGAAACAGUCCGUAUUAGAUUCAAAGCUAAGGCCAUGGACUCUUAUACAAAGCAGGUGAACGCGUGGAAGAAAGUUUGGCAGAAGAACAAGAGGCCACGGAACAUCAACGGGAGGGUGUUCGAGCAGUUGAUAGUUCAUUGGCAGAAGGACGAAACUGCAGAGACGUCUUCUAGGAACUCUAAGAACCGGAAGAGCGAUCGUGGCGGGAAAGGUAUGUAUGUGCACAACCUCGGGGCUUGCUCUAUGUCUACUAAGGAAGAUGAACUUAUCGAAGCAAAUGACGGUAAUCCCGUUGAUCGACUCCAACUCAUUAAGGUGGCUCACACUAACAAGACGACGGGUCAAAUUCAGGACCUCUUGAUCAAAGAUGUCGUUGAUUUGGUGGAAACUGAAAUAGCAUCUCAAUCUCAGCCUCUCUCUGAUGACGGCGAUUCAGUGGGAGCUUCAACCAACUUGUCCCGAUUGCAAAUAAAUGAGAUGGUUGAAAAGGCUGUUCCUAAAAGGAAAGGAGGCUUUUUAGUUGGAUUGGCCCGCCGUGCUUCUUCGUAUCCGGCAUCUUCUUCGCAGGUUCCGUAUGCCGAUCCCAUGAUUCUCGAGGAGCUACAUGACAAAGGUGAACGGAUUGUGGCAUUGGAGGAGCAGAACGCCACUAUCCAAGCUGAGAAUGCCACUAUCCAAGCUGAGAAUGCCACUAUCCUUGCUGAGUUGGCAUCCCAAAAGAAGACCAACGCCGAGAUAAUGGAGAAGCUAAACCGUUUAUUUGCUUCGAGUUCUUAG